AUGGUUAAUAUCAGUAGCUCCAGCUUGGUUCAGAGAGAUUCCAGCAGUAUUAAUACACCGAGAGGAACAGAUACAAACGUCAACGAAGACAUGAGCAGUAAUGAAUAUCCUUUGCACGAUGUUCAGCAAGAUUCAAACAUUUUGGAAUGUAAAGGAGACGAACAGUCACGAAAAGUGCCAUAUACAAUGCAUGGUGUGUUGCAUUACUUGCAACAUGAAUGGAGCCGUUAUGAAAUGGAUCGGGCACAGUGGGAAAUGGAAAGAGCAGAAUUGCAGGCACGAAUAAGCUUUCUCCAUGGAGAACGGAAAGGACAAGAAAACUUAAAGGCCGAUCUGAUCCGACGCAUAAAAAUGCUUGAAUACAGUUUAAAACAAGAACGAGCUAAAAAUUAUCGUUUAACUCACAACGGUCAAGAUAAGCCAGAGGAUGAAGCGAAUGCUGCCGAACAAGUUUCUCUUGACGUCGAUGCAUACUCUUCGCAAUGUAAUAGCGCCUCCAGUUUUCGUAAUGCAAGAGCUUUACUGAGGCAAUAUCUUCAGGAGAUUGGUUAUAGUGAAACAAUUUUGGAUGUUCGAUCUUUUCGAGCAAAAAAUUUGUUAGGGUUGUCAAAUUCGGACUGGCAAUCUGAUUCUAACAAUGCUUCUCGGCAGAGUGCUGUGAAGUGUCUUCAAGAUACUGAUCGAGCUGUUGUGGAAGCUGCGCAAUACCUUCGAAAAAAAAAAAGAGAUAAUUCUGCACCAGCUGGGAGUGACGAUAGUGAUUCGGAAGAUGAUGAGAAGGGAAGAAAAGAGCACAAGAAGUAUUCUCUUGAUCCGGAAACAGUGGAUGCGCUUGGAGAAUUUUCAUUUUUAAAGGAUGAAAAAACAGGUGUUAGCAAAAAGCGAUUAGAAGGAAGUGGUGAAUGGAGCGUCAAUCAACGUGCUAUUGAUCAGAUGAAGGAAAAGUUUAGGUCGGAACAAGAAAAAAAACGAAGUAAUAGUCAAAGUGAUUCUUUAUCGGGUAGGGGACUACCGCAUCAACUUCGCUUAGGACCAGAUGAUGCCAAAAAAGAACUUGAUGAUGAUAUCCAGCAAUUUUUCGGUGGUAAAAGUAAGCGAGAAUUCAUGGACAUCAAUGCAGCUCUUGGAAUUGCUGAUGAAGGGAAUGUUGACAUUAAAGAUGAUUUUAUUAUUCCAGACGAAGAUACAACGAAUAUUCGGUGGAAUUUAAAAUUUACGCUGCGCUCACAUUUCGAUAGCAUUCGUGCCAUGCAAUUUCAUCCCGUUGAACCGGUGCUUAUUACUGCUAGUGAAGACAGCACAGCAAAACUUUGGAAUCUUGGCAGUAAUAGCAAUGUGAAAAUGGAUUUAAAAGGGAAUCAAAUCUCGGCACAUUCACAGUCUACAGUCACGGAGCUGGAACCAACUUAUACGUUCCGUGGACACAAUGGACCGAUCCUUUCAAUGGAUAUGUCACCAACAGGUGACAUGUGUUACACUGGUGGUUUUGAUGGUGUUGUAUGUUGUUGGUCGGUGCCAUCAGUUAAUACUGAUAUAUAUGAACCAUACGACUCAAAAAUAUUGUGCGAGAAGCUAAAGGGUCACACCAGUGCAAUUUGGUCGGUUGCGUUCCACUCAUCCGAUAAUCGCCUCGUUAGUGCUUCUGCUGAUGGAACUAUCAAACUCUGGGAACCAGGAAAUACGGAUGCCCUCAUCAAAUCGUUUGGUGCUGCAUUGCCAAAUAUUAAGCCAACAUCAGUCGACUUUGUUUCAACUGAACCACAACAACUUCUGGCAGCUUAUACAUUAUCAUAUGCCUCAAUUAUUGAUAUUGAAACCGGUUGCAAUGUGCUAUCAUUUGAUUUCGGUGGCGAAGAUGCUGGAACUAUUACGAAAAUUUUGUCACACCCAACGAUGUCAGUAUCUUUAACUGCUAGUAAUGAUCGAAAAAUACGCUAUUUCGAUAAUAAUACUGGCAAAAUGAUUCAUGGAACUGUUGCACACGUUGAAGCAAUUUCAUGUUUGGCCAUUGAUCCUAAUGGACUGUAUUUGCUUUCUGGUAGUCAUGAUGGUUCUUUACGUCUUUGGAAUAUGGAGAAAAGGAUUUGUUUGCAGGAGAUUGCGGCACACCGCAAGAAAUUCGAUAGCGCUGUGAUGACAGUUGCAUUUCAUCCAAGUAGGCCUUUGAUUGGUUCCGCUGGUGCCGAUGCCCUUGCAAAAGUUUUUAGCUCACAGAAGUAUUUGCAUGGAAAUGGUUUUGACCCCUAA